AUGUCAACAACAAUAUUAAAUAAUUUAAAAAUACAACAAGAGUAUGACCAGUUUGUAGCAGAGUUAAAGAAUACCCAUCCAUCAGUUCAAUUGAACAAAUUCACUCAAGUAAAUAAUAUUGUUAUAUUAUUUUGUCAUGACAAUCAACCAUCAUCAUCAUCAAAGGGGAAUGAAGAAAAAGGAUUACCUACAUCAAAUCAAAAAGGUAAAACCAAAGGAAAAGAAAAAGGUAGUAAAGUCCAAGACCAAGAAUGGGAGAAAUCAAUUUUAGAAACUAAUCAAUUAUCACCAUAUAUUAAAGCUGAGAUUUCAAACAAUAUAUACAAAUAUAUUAAAUUGGGAGAUGGUAUGAAUGGAUUCUUUAUUGCUUACAAAAGUAUUAAAAUGGUAUUAAUGUGUGAGGAGGAAUACCCAACAAACACAAAAUCUACCAACAUUCUUUUAGUACAUGCAAUUGAUGCCAUUCAAAGAAACGACUCAUUGUUUGAAAACAAUCAUUUUCUAAAAUAUUGUCAAGAUGUACUCAAUGAACAACAAUACUCGUUAUUCAAAUCAUCGUUGACACCACAUCGAGUAGAUAUCGAUUUAAUAUUAUUAUGGCAUAAUAUCUACUCUUUUAAUUUAAAGUACUCUCCAACAUCACCACCACAAACCAACAAUGAAGAAUUGAAAACUAAAUUUAUCAAUCAUCUCAAAUCGAUCAAUUCAUCAAUUGAUGACUCUGUAAUUGGUUGGAUUGGUAAAAUUAUACGUUUUAAAUUCAAGAAUUUGUAUAUUGAAAAGUGUACAAGACUAUUCAUGUCGUGUAGUUAUCCUACACAGGAAUCCAUCUUUUUCCAAUACGAUGUUGUCGUUCAACAUCUUGCUAGUCAUAAUCUCACCGUUGAAUACAUCAUGGAUAUGGGUGAUGUAGCUAUUGACAAUCGAAAAGGUGGGUUCCUUUUAUUGGUUACUUGCAAGAAUCGUCCACUCGGUCAACAAGCCUAUCAACAAUUACACCAACUCGACCAUCUCAGAUUCUACAAUGUCACCUCUGCCUUUGGCACCGAUAAUUCUCAUCGUCCAGGUGACCCACUUCCAAAAUUGACUCCAUCUAAAAUGUCAACCAUCGUCAAAAAUUUUGAUCAAUAUUCUGUUGUUGAUCAUCAACAACAACAGUCGUCACAACAACCAAGAGUGAUCCCACGAGAUUCAAGUCCAAUUAAAUGGAGAAAGGUUGAUAAAUUUAUAUGUGUGAAUAGAGUAUCACCUCAGCAACAACAACAACCACAACCAAAGUCUAUUGCUAAAAUCAAUUCAUUGUCUUGGCAAAUGAUUAAUAAUAUAGAGUUUUUCAACUUGAUCAUUGGUAAUCUAGUCAAUAACGAACAAGUAUCAUUAGUAGUUUGGUUGGAAUUUGUUUCAUCAUUUUAUUAUGCCAUUUCAGAGAGACACCAAUUCAAAUCAAUCUUUAAAAUCAUAUCCAUCAAUGAUAUAUUAUCAACACCUUCUAUUGAACGUUUGACAAGAUUUAAAACAGAGGCUGUUGAAAUCAUCACUGACUUGCAAUUGAAAAAGGCUAGACUAUUUAUUCAAAAUACUCAAAUCGUAGAGUUUCAAGGUCGUGGUGUCAUGAUUGAUUUCCUUACUGGCCAAAUCUUUUUCAUGAACCAUGGUGAUUCACAACAAGAAACCUGCUCCUUGUCAAUCAAUACAAUACUUGAUAAAAUCUUACAGUCGUUUGACACCUACUAUGCAUCUUCUGCACGAUCAUCAUUUUCAAUGUCAUCACUUCACCUCACUCAAUUCUUUUUGGAUCAAACCAUCAAGAAAAAAGAUGAAAAGGAUGCAUUUACAGCUGUAAAGACGAAUGGUAAACAAUUUAUAUUGGAUAUUUCUACUUGUCUUGAAAAGGUGACAAAGAACAAGGUAGAUACCAUACUCUAUGCAAGAACUACAGUUGGUGAUGAAAACUCUACAAACAACCAAAUUGAAUUAUUGGAUCAAAUCACUAGCAAAGUUGGUAAAACAAAAUCAAUCAAAUUUGAAAACACAUUGGUUCAUGAUACCUAUGUUAAAGGUGAAGAAAUAGAUGAUUUAAAUGAUAUCAAUUCACCUUUGAUAGAUACUAUUCAAGAUCGUAUUGAUGAUAAAAAAUCAAUGGUCGUUUGGAUGACAUCAAUUGAUAUAGCAUUUGCCAAUCAAGAAUAUUUGUAUAUGUUUUUUAAAGAAUAUCAUGAUGAUGAUGAUGAUGAUAAACAAUCUGCCAUUGUCAACCUAGUAUCGGUAUUUGCUCCUUACGAGUACAUGAAUGUCAUCAAGAAUAAUCGAUAUCAAUUGGAAGAAAAUCUAUAUGAGAUUUAUCUUAUUCAAAAUAAUUCAACCAGUGGUGGUGGUAAUGAUGGAAUUCAAUCAAAGGAAGAAUUUAUCAAAUCAUUGCCAAGUCUUGUUAGAUUGUAUUCAGAACAAUGUCAUUAUCUUGCACAAUUCAUGUCAAAUCCUGAACAAGUUAAAUUUUAUCCAUUGUUCUUUCCAACCCCGUUGAAUCAAUCAAAUGUACAAGUUUACAUGGAUCAUUGUCGUCAAGCUAGUAUAACACAAACCGAGUAUUAUAAUGACAAGUUUCCCUAUCGAUCAUCCACUUUUAACUUGCAAGGUAAAAAGAAAUCAAUUGAAGAAGUUAUCAUUGACUCGAGCAACAACUCGAGACAUAAAAAUGAUUCCAGUCAAUUCAAAAUUUUUCACAAUAAUGUUAAAGAAAUUAACGAUAUUUUAAAAUCAAUGAUUCCAAAUCGUCAAAAUACAAGAGAAAAUAUAAUUGAUUUUAAAGAACAAUUACAAUUAUUUUUUAAAUCAAAAAAAGUUAAUCGAUUAUAUAUUGAAACAACUGUUUCUCCAACUUUUACAACUUCAACUUCUACUUGUACUUCUACAACCUCUACAAAUUGGAAUUUUGGUGAAGAAGAAGAAGAAAUUGUAUCACCCAUCAAAAAGAAAAAACUUGCAAAUGGUCAAUCACCAACUUUUAAAGAUGGUAAUUCUAUUGAACACAAGAGAAAGAAUGAUUUAAAUUCAACCAAAGCUAAAAGUUAUUCACCAUUAUUUCAUAAUAAUCAACAACAAAAGCAAUUUGAACUAGAGGAUGAAGAAGAUGAUAAUGAACCAAUUUUUAUUCCUAAACCAAAACCAUCAUUUUCAAAACCUACUUUUGUCAUUUCUCAUUUGUUUGUGAUUCAAACUCCAAUUGGUAAAACCAUUCGAUCAUCAAAAUUGUCCUAUCAAUUCUAUUUGGAGAAAACAUUUAUGCAAAAGGUCAAUGUCAUAAACUUUCACCAAGACAAGGAACAAGAUUUAUUCUUCUAUAUGAUUACUGUUGGCUCUCAAGAAAUCAAAAACCAAAUCAUUCAAAAUGCUACUGGAAGAUCAUUUAUUGGUAGUAUGGCAAACUUUAAUGUCACCUUUACAUUUAUCGAUCCUUUGGAACCAAAUUGUAUCUUUUAUUCAAGUUUAAACACCAAAGUUGCCAAUGAAACUUUAAACAAACAUUUUAUUGAUCGUAUCUGUUUUUGUCAAUUUCCAAAGAAACAAGGUUCCAAUGAAACCAUUACCAUUGUCAAACUUAAAGACCAAUCAUCAUUUGAUCUCGCAAAACAAAGUUUUAAAACUAUUCAGAAACUUGAUAAUAAUAUCUUUAAACUUUUUCAACAACAAUAA